AUGCCACGGAUCCCCUACUCGCUUUUCCUGCGCGCGCACCGCAUCGAUCCUCUGCUGCCGCCGCUGCUUCGAGAAUGCCGAGAUCUUUGCUCUGCACGGAACGAGCUUCGCUGGCUCACUGAGUAUGCCCGGAGUAGGGAUACAGGUCGCGAAAGCUGGAGGUGGAAGCAGAGGUUGCAGCUGCUCGUCCGGCAGAGAGCAGCUGGGAAGCCUCUGCAGUAUAUCCUUGGGGACCAGCCGUUUGGAGACUUGACAAUACUCUGCAGAGAAGGAGUGCUGAUUCCACGUCCAGAUACGGAGUCCUAUACCACGCGUAUAGCACAGCGACUGCUGACUGAGAACCGUCUUAACCCUACGAGAAGCAUUCGAAUUAUCGACAUAUGCACUGGCACAGGCUGCAUACCGCUGCUGCUUCACUCUCUUCUUGCGCCCUCGAUUCCGACCAUUUCGAUCAUUGGGGUUGAUAUCAGUGCUACGGCUCUCUCUCUUGCAAAGAAGAACCUCGAAUAUAACAUUGGAAAUGGAACCUUACUCUCCCGCGCACGAGACGAAAUCCACUUCGUGCAUGCUGAUAUCCUAGACCCUUGUUAUCUGGAAUCAGAUGGCUCAGAGUUAGGCGAGAUGCUCUCUCGAUCAAAUCAGGGGGGUCACAGCAAAGGAUUGGAUCUACUGAUAUCAAACCCUCCAUACAUAUCACCCAGGGAUUUUACAAAUGGAACGACCAGACGUAGUGUACGUUUGUAUGAGCCUACAUUGGCAUUGGUACCUCCGGCAAUUCAGCAUCCGGGGAUAGCGUCAGACUCGGCCAGGGCUGAUUCCUUCUACCCUCAUCUAUUAGCUGCCUCAGCAAAGCUUGAAGCCCGUUUCACCGUUUUAGAAUGCGGUGAUCUAGCUCAGGCCCGAAGAGUGGCUGCCAUGGCUGAUGAUACAAGGCAAAAUUCAUCCUGGAGCUCUCAGAGAAACGUGAAGACGGAGAUCUGGCGUUGUGACUGGGACGCUCACUUACACGAAACUACUGAGCAUGUUUCUUUUGACGAUCAGGAAGAAUCAGCAACUUUGGAUGUCACAGCCAAGCCUGAUCAAGGGGCUCGAGCGGUUGUGCUUUCGAGAUGCUGA